AUGUAUCUUAGUUGGAUUGAUUAUACAGUCUUUGUUUUAUUAUUAAUUUUCUCAUGUGGAAUUGGAAUUUAUCAAGGUUGUUUUCGAUCGAAGCAAACUUCGACUAAAGAAUUUCUUCUGGCCAAUGGCCGGAUGAAAAUUCUACCUACAGCGAUGAGUUUACUUGCAAGUUUAACAUCUGCUGCAUCAUUAUUGGGUAUGCCUGUUGAGUUCUACUAUUUUGGAUCGAUGCUUGUGUAUUGCGUUGUCCCAUGGUUUAUCGGAACUUAUUUAACAAUGAAAUUUUUCAUACCAAAAUUUCACUACGUGGGAAAUGCAAGUAUUUAUGCUUAUCUGGAACAACGAUUUUCAUUGACGAUUCGAAUUCUGGUGACCGGGAGUUUUAUUCUGGUCACUAUUCUUUCCAUGGCAACGAUUUUGUAUGGGCCGAGCAUCGCUUUAAGUCAAGUCACGGGCUUGAAUAUUUGGUUAUCGGUUGGACUAUGUGGUAUAGUUUGUACAGUCUAUACGAGUAUUGGAGGAAUGAAAGCGGUUAUAUGGACUGAUGUUAUUCAAGCAUCGAUUAUGUUUAUUGGAUUGAUUCUAUCAAUUAUUUUUGGUUUUAUUGAUCUCGGCGGAGUAUCUAGAGUAUUCGAAAUCGUGAAUAAUGGAAAUCGAUUACAAUUCGCUGACAUUCGUUUGGACCUAUCGAUUCGAUAUACAUUUUGGAGUAUAUUCAUUGGUGUGAUUUUCUCCAGUACAGCGCAAUAUGCCUGCAUUCAAACGCAAGCACAGCGGUAUAUGUGUGUUAAAGAUACGAAAACUGCUCAGAGAGUUGCAUGGACUAAUUAUGUAAUGUUCGUGACGAUGCAAAUGCUUUGUUUGUGUGUCGGAUGUUUGCUAUAUGCAAAAUAUAGUCAAUGUGAUCCAAUUCGAUCAAAGAAAAUUUCUCGGCCAGAUCAAAUGUAUCCGUUGUUUGUCAUUGAAACAUUAGGAAGAUUUCCGGGUUUAACAGGUCUUUUUAUCGCCUGUAUAUUGAGCGCCACAUUGAGUACAUUUUCAAGUGGGGUAAAUAGUACGGCGACAGUUGUUUUGGAAGAUAUUUACAAAAGAUUGACAAAGAAAGAAUUAAUCACUAACGAUCGACAAGUUCUGCUUUCGAAAAUCUUAUCCGUGUGUAUCGGAAGCUUAACAGUACUGAUGGCCUUCCUAGUAUCGUUUAUGCAAAGCAAUAUCAUCACUAUUAUCAUUCAAAUCUUCGGUGUAUUUGCAGCUCCUAUUCUUGGAAUCUAUAUUCUUGGAUUCUUUUUCUCGCGAGUUAAAAGCCGAAGUGUAUGUGUAGCGUUUUUCAUUUGUUUAAUCUUUCAAUUAUUUCUACUCUUUGGUUCAAUAUUUAUGCCGAUGCCGCCGAAUAAGAACGGGGGACGACUACCCACGUCGGUCGAUCAAUGUAUCCCAGCAGUUAAUGAGACUGCUUCGACAACCACGACAGAAAUGAAAUCGAAUGGAUUGGUGGCUUUAUUCUCAAUAUCACCACUUUGGUUUAUAUGCAUUGGCACAUUGAUUACUAUUGUUGUUGGGUUGAUUUUAAGUUUUAUUCUCGAUUCCAAGGAUCCAAAGGUGAUCGAUCCAUUGCUAUUGGUAUCGCCAAAAGAGAUUCUGCCAUGUGGAUCAUCUAGAAAAGUCCUGGUAGAACCAUCAACUGUCGACAAAAACGACAGAAUCAUCGAGGAAGAUAUGAUGCUUUGA